AUGCUUGGUCGCACCGAUGGCAUUGCUCCUGACUGGAUGCCUGAAGAGUGUAUAGGAAAUUGGUGGAGGCCGAACUUUGAGCCGCCCCGCUAUCCCUACAUCCCGGCUCAUGUAACCAAACCAAAGGAAAAUACCCGCCUUUUUCUUAUCCAGCUCGGCGAGAAAACCUUAUUUUCGGUACCUUCCAACUACAAACUAGUCGCGGCUCCGCUUUUCGAACUUUUUGACAAUUCACGAACUUACGGCCCUAUAAUCGCCUCCUUACCACAGGUUUUGAGCAGGUUCAUUUUCGUUUACAAUGAUUAG